AGUCCGCGUGGUAAGCAAUACGGAAGACAAACGGAUACAUUUGGAACAAUAACACUGGGUGAUUUAGAGCCUGAACAGAUUACGCAAAUCCAACAAGCAUACGUAGAAGCCACCAAAGAUGCGCCAGCAGAUUCGGCCAGAGAAGCACCAGUGAUAUUGAACGUACCGAUGAUCAAGAAAUUUAAUCCAGAAGACAAUUUCAGUAAAGAAGACAAGAGGAGAUGUGCAUUUCUCACCGAACUCAUCACUGGGCAGCAACCACUGGUACUGCACCCGUUCGUUCUUCUGCUAAAUCGCCGCUUCAGAUGGACCGAUAUUGCUGUUCCCAUUACUGGUACCGAAAAAUUUCGUAUCUACCGCCUCAAUCAGUCAAGAAAUGAUCGAUCUUAUUAUCGUUGUUCGGGCUGUGAGGCAAUGGCCAAGGAGCCUGAAGAUCCGAUCGCGCAAAUCAAAGUUGCCGAGGGUUGA